AACGGCGGUCACGCACACGCGCACGUGUAUGCGCACGCACGCCGCACGCAACGCGAGUCGCGAGGCGCUGCGCACGUUUGGGAUUUAUGCGCGCGCUUGACAAUAAACGUACUAGUGCGAGGCAGAUGUUCCUUUCGAUGUUCGACGCGGGAUAUCAGUUGCUUAUGCAAGACAAGUCGAUCGAAGGAUCCCACGGAUCUAGGUUGAUAUUCUCGUCAAAUAAGGAGCAUAUCUUCAUGCGACAGAGGGACGACCGCGCAUUACGGAGUUACGACGGCAUAGUAUUGUAACGAGACGAAAAGAAGCAGAAUCAGUACAGCAUUCAUCUUUAAACAAUGACGACGGUUCUGACGGCUCUAUGUUUGGUAAUUAUUUUAAUGUUGGAUGUCAGUUAUGGAAUUCGAACACUUCGUGUACGACGUUUGGUUGGUGGACAGGACGCCAUCGAAUCUGAGUUUCCUUAUCAGGUGUCCUUAAGAUUCUAUAACUUGCAUAUCUGUAGUGGUGCACUUAUCAGCGACAGGCACGUUCUGAGCGCAGCGCAUUGUAUAUGUGGUCUAAUAGACGAACCUUCUGAAGAACUCACUGUGCGCACUGGAAGCAUUAACUUGAAAGAGGGCGAAAAACACGCUGUUAAAGAUGUCAAAUGCCAUCCUGAUUAUGCGUAUGGCUCCGAGACGUCUUGGACGGCCGAUCUAGUUGUAAUCACGCUUGCUAAAGAAAUUUAUACAUCACCCUCUCAAUCACCAAUUGCUUUAGCAAAGUGCGAUGCACCCGUUGGACAAUAUGCUAUUAUCAGCGGGUGGGGUCGUGUUCAUCCAUUUAGUUGGUUAUCACGAGAUUUGCAAAAACUUUCGGUGCCAAUUAUCGACAAUGACGUCUGUCAGUCUUAUUAUAAAAACACUACUAUUCUUAGUUCUCAAAUUUGUACAUUUGAAAGAAAAGGGAUUGGCGCUUGUAAGGGCGACAGUGGCAGCCCUUUGGUAUAUAAUGGUAUACUGAUAGGUAUAUUUUCAUGGACAAAACCCUGUGCACUUGGUUUUCCUGACGUUUUUGCUAGAGUAAACCACUUUACGAAUUUUAUUGAACAAGCGAUGCAAGAUAAUUAGGAGUAAUUAAUAAUUAAUUAAGCCUAUUACAAGCUUAAUCAGUCCAGCCAUUUUUGUGAUCUAAUAAUCGUAUCUUAGUUCAGUCAUUUGCGCAAAGAUAUCUGAUCUGUCUUUACGUGCGAACACUUGGCGUGAGACACGACCGUCUCUCUAAUAUGUAGUUAAAUGUAAUAGAUUGAAUAAUAAAUAUUUAAAAAAAAA